UUUUCCGUCAAUAAAAUAAUAGUAAAUUAUUUUUAUGAAAGAAAAUUUAAUAUUUAUUACAACAUAAUGACUCAGAAGUUUAAGACUAAUUGGGAUGUCGAUAAAUAUUACGAUGAAACUGAACCAGAAGAGCAUUGGCAACUUCGAAAAGAAUUCAUGACGGUUCAUCAAGAUAAAUUUCCAGAAGAUUACCUUGUAGCCUUAGCAAAAGCAUUUACUAAUAUAGAAUUUAUGGGUUGCGUGUAUCCUGCACCUUUAAUGAUAAGAAUAGGAGAAUUGUCAAAGGAUGUGGCUAAGAAAUAUAGAGAUAUUAAAAAAACAAAACUUCAAAGGACAUUUGUAACAGCUUCCAGUGCUGCAGAAAAUAAAUACUCAGGGAAAAGGAAGUCAGAUCCAAUUCAAUAUGCAUCAAAUAGUAAGAGAUAAAGAAUAUCAAUUAGUUGCUUUUAAUUAAAUGGAUUUUUAGUUAACAGAUAACUACUUAC